CUGAAAUUGAAAGCUGGAUGUUUCUUGUGCUGCAGCAGAAAUCCUGUAACCAACAACAGAAGAUAAACAUUGCAGUAUUAUGGAUUCUAGAUUCUCAUUGCAAUUGCAGGCAGACCUGGAGAGGCAAGUGUCCUAAUGGCUGGGAAAGUUACCAAGAAUAAGAAACUGCUUAAGUGAGAGACAAUUUAAUGUAGGCUUUCUACGCAAGAAAAGGGUUAAAGGGAUUUGUUCUCCUCUCCCUGGUGAUGAGUAGUUCUAAGGUUAGGUUUCCGCGGAUUAGAAAGGAGAGGAUGUCCAUAGAUUAGCUAGGGCUCUACCAACAUCCAGCAAAUGCUCUUUCCCUGUGGAAAUUCUGCAUGAGCUGAACAUGGUGCAUUCUGCAGGAUGAUUCUCAGUGGGAUAUUAAAAAAUGAAAUACCUGUUCAGCAGAAGAUUGUAGAAUAUUCUUUCUUUGACAGCAACAGUGAGACUUGCUGGCUUUGGUUUACUUCUUUCCCAUUCUGAGUCACUGUGCUGUUCAAGAUCCAUCCCAGGUAAGAAGAAAUAAAUGUGUCCCAGCUCCCGAAGACUAAAAGGGACCUCGAUUAAGCUCAGCAUCUGUCUUUGUGAAACAAAACUGGCAUGAAUGCAGUACUCAAAGUGGGUGGAAUCUCCUUGAAUAAAGGAAAAGAUGGAGGUGCCAACAGUCUGCAGUCAAGAUAAUGGUGUGUCUCAUGUUCUGACUCUAGUGCUACAAGAACUGAGUUUACUCUGUAAAAAAGAUGUCAAUGGUGUUGGCAUGUUAUAUGACCUGCUCAGAUCUCACUGGCUACAAGCACUUUUAAAGAUUUAUGAAUGCCUCCAACACUACCUUGGAAAAAGACCGGUUCCUGUCACGCUGCAGGCACGUGCGCUGACUCGUGAGGUGAUAGAGUUACUGCGUGAAGCCCCUCCAUCUGGAGAGGUCAAAGAGCUAAGACGACUACUGCGAGCUCCACACUUAAAGGCUUUGCUAUCUGCUCAUGAUACUGUGGCCCAGAAGGAUUUUGAACCAACCCUUCCACCACUGCCAGACAACAUACCUGAAAACGAGGAAGCUAUGAGAAUUGUCUGCUUAGUGAAAAACAACCAACCCUUGGGUGCCACCAUCAAACGCCAUGAGAUAACAGGGGACAUAACAGUUGCCCGUGUGAUCCACGGUGGGCUAGCGGACAGAAGUGGGUUGCUGUAUGCUGGAGACAAACUGGUGGAAGUAAAUGGAGUUCCUGUUGAGGGACUUGACCCUGAGCAAGUUAUUAAUAUUCUGGCCCUCUCUCAGGGGACAAUUAUGUUCAAAUUAAUUCCAGUUUCUGAUCGACCUGUCAGCAAUCAAACAACACUCUAUGUGCGAGCAAUGGCAGAUUACUGGCCCUUGCAAGAUCCUGCCAUACCAUGUGCUGAUGCAGGUUUGCCUUUUAAGAAGGGUGAAAUACUCCAGAUUGUGGACCAGAAUGAUGCUCUGUGGUGGCAGGCCAGGAAAGUUUCAGAUCUCAGUGCCUGUGCUGGACUUAUACCCUCAAAUCACCUUCUUAAAAGGAAGCAGCGAGAAUUCUGGUGGUCGCAGCCUUUUCAGCCCCAUCUCUGUCUCAAAUCCUCAAUGUUAAGCACUGUGGAAGAAGAGGAUGACAUGCAGAUUGAUGAGAAGUGUGUGGAAACAGAUGAAGAAACAUUCGAGUCUGAGGAGCUUAAAGAAGAAGAGGAAGAAUUUGGUGAAUUUGGUCGAGUCUUUAUUGCUGGUUUCCGCAGAAGUAUGCGCCUGUGUCGCAGGAAAUCCCGGACCAACCAGCAGUCGUGUUAUGCGCGGUGUCCCAGCAGCUGUUACAGCACUCUUGCAGCUCCAUAUGAAGAGGUGGUUAGGUACCAGCGGCACCCAGCAGACCGGAACAGACUAAUUAUACUAGUGGGUCCUGCAGGAGUUGGUGUGAAUGAGCUAAGGCGAAGGCUUAUCGCAAGUAACCCACGAGAGUUUCAAAGUGCUGUACCUCACACCACUCGUGUUCAGAAGAGCUAUGAAAUGAAUGGUCGUGAAUAUCACUACGUAUCAAAAGAAACUUUUGAAAACAUGGUGUAUAGCCACAGAAUGCUGGAAUAUGGGGAAUACAAAGGGUACCUGUAUGGUACCAGUAUUGAUGCAGUGCGAACAGUCCUCGAUGAAGGCAAGAUCUGUGUAAUAGAUUUAGAACCACAGGGCAUACAAGUAGCCCGAACUCAUGAAUUAAAGCCCUACAUUAUAUUUAUCAAGCCAUCCAGCAUAAGCUGCAUGAGGCAGACUCGAAAAAAUGCCAGGAUCAUUACAGAUUAUUAUGUGAACAUGAAAUUCAAGGAAGAAGACUUACAGGAGAUGGAAGAUUCAGCUAAGAAAAUGGAAGCUCAGUUUGGUCAGUUCUUUGAUCAAGUGAUCGUGAAUGACAAUUUACAAGAAGCAUCUGCACAGCUGCUGUCUGCAGUCCAUCGUGCACAGGAUGAGCCCCAGUGGGUCCCUGCAAUAUGGAUAUGUUCGGACACUCAGCCGUAAUUCAGAGCAGCAGGCAGCUUCAGAAAGAUUACAGCUUAUGUUUUACUUCAAGAAUAAUCCUAAUGUCAGGAUUGCAAGAAUUUAUCUUUGUAUGUGAGGGAUUUGGAAGAGGAUUAGGGAGGAAGCUGCUACAGGAAAUAUAAUCAUUCUAUGUUCUGUGUAGCUCUUCAGCUUUUUAUGUUACAGUUGCAUCCACUUUUGUACAAAAAAUGAAAUAUUGUGAGUGCUUAAAUACAAAAAUAAAGAAAAAAUCUAUUUUGUUGCAAGUAUCUGUACAAUUUACUUGUACAUAGCUACAGAAAAGUCUUUUCUUUUUAUUAUGGUCAUUCAGGUACUGUGAUACCUGUACCUUCUGGAAGCCUUACUGACAGAUUAUAUUCAGUCAAUAUUCAGUCCAGAGCAUGCUCUUUUAUCAUGCUUUCUUGAGCAAAAAGUAUUAUUUAUGAAGGUAUUGGUUUGCAGCUUAUCCUUUUUUGCCUUUUAAGAUAGGAGCAGAGUCGUGGUAUCAAAAUAAAAAUGACUCUAGAAACCACAGUUAUCUUCAA